UAAAAAAGUUCAGUCGCAGUUUUGCCGCUGUUUCAGGCCGCGUCCAAUCACUGCGCGCGCGUGGGGCGUGCACGUGAUCCCGCUCCCCUAUUCCGAUCUCCUACAUAGUCUCCUCGGCAAGGCUCCGUCUCUCUCCACUGUACGAUAAACAUGCGUCUCAUUAUUCGCGACGACCCUGCGGCGGUUGGCGACUACAUCGCCAACUACAUCGCCAAGCGAAUAAACGACUUUGCUCCGACAGCAGAGAAACCGUUCGUACUUGGCCUCCCAACAGGCUCAUCUCCCAUACCCACUUACCAGAGGCUUAUCAAGCUAUACAAAGAGGGCAAGGUGUCCUUUAAGCAUGUUGUUACAUUCAACAUGGAUGAAUAUGUUGGUUUGCCUAGCGAACAUCCUGAAUCCUAUCACACCUUUAUGUUCAGAGAAUUUUUCUCCCAUAUCGACAUUCCUCCAUCACAGGUUAACAUCCUCGACGGCAACGCACCUGACCUGAUCGGAGAGUGCAAUGCGUACGAGUCGCGCAUAAAACAAUAUGGGGGUAUCGAACUUUUCCUGGCAGGUAUUGGGGAAGAUGGGCACAUCGCCUUCAAUGAACCAGGCUCCUCUCUCGCCUCUCGUACGCGUAUCAAGACCCUCGCCUAUGAUACUAUCCUCGCAAAUGCUCGCUUUUUCAAUGGUGACGUCUCCGCCGUGCCUCGUAUGGCUCUCACUGUCGGUGUCGCCACCGUUCUUGAGGCUCGCGAGGUCGUAGUUGUUGUCACUGGCCUCCGCAAGUCACUAGCGCUCAGUCAAGCUAUUGAAGGCGGAGUGAACCAUUUGUGGACACUUUCUGCGCUCCAACUACACCCCUGGGCACUGAUCGUCGUUGAUGAAGAUGCCACUGCAGGUAUGCUACCCCUUUUCUUUCCCCUUACGCCCACUGGACAGGUUGCCUACCUGCUCCCGUCACCGUUUGACCAAUUUCUUGGCGUGCUGACAUCGGCAAAAUGUACAGAGCUCCAUGUCAAAACUGUGAAAUACUUCAAAUCAAUUGAGCGUGUACAGGAAGAAGUCGAACGAACUCAGCGCGCACUGGCUGAGCAUGCUGCUAGUGGUGAGCUUCGCAUUGGUGAAGCUGUUGCUGUUGGACUUGGUGGAGAGGCAGCAGCAGCAGGUUUGGCAGGUGGUAUGGAGUGAUGACCCAUCUAUUGAUCACUUAGAGGCUCUUAAGGUAGUCAUGGUGUGAAACAUUGUAGUUGGUGAUAACAGAAGAUGAGUAUGUG